AUGCACCGGCUAGUGCUGGACAUCGGCACGUGCGUGACCGUGCUGGUGUGCGGGUGCGUGUGCGAGGCGUCGCGCGGCUGCGAGGGCAUCCAGUGCAGCACGCGCACCAACGGCAGCGCCACACCGGCGGGCUGCUGCGAUAAGAAGCUCAGCACGUUCGGUGAGCAGGCGCUCUGGCUGGCACGCAAACUGUCCGGGUUACUCAUCCUGCUCGCGCUCUUCGCACUGGGCUACUUCGUGCAGAGGCUGGUGUGCCCGCGCCACCGGCGGCGGGGCCGCGCCACGCAAGAACCGGACUCGCUGCUGAGCGCGCACACCACGGCAUCUCGAGACACGCUGCUGGAGAGCUACGGGUACGACGAGUGCGGGGUGCAGGGCUUCACCUCCCCCGUGCUGCAGCCGCCUGCCUACGACGAAAUCAAGGACCUGCCCACGUACGAGGAAAGCGUGCGCGCGGCGGGCAUGCAGCAGCCGGGUGGCAGCGUCAGGCCGGUGGCAGCGCACCGCGAGAAACCCGAGGCAGCCCGCAUUUUCAGAAACUCUGUCUGA